UAUGUAUGUAUAAUAUAUACAAUACUGACUCAUAAUCGGCUAUGUAAGUAAAUAUAAGUACGUGCUACGGCGAAAACUUGUUUAUUCACAUGUCGGCAGUUGCUUAUCACAGAGACAUGACGACAGUUUUGCAUCAACUAGCGGCAUCGUUUCGGAAUAGUACGUAGUCUACGUUUAUUUAGUUAAAUAUGGACCCCAAGGCAUCGAUUGUUAUCGUGCUUAAUGCUUUAAUUUCCAUCGCAAUGCUUAAAAUACAUAGAUAUAAAUGUUAUUAUUGUUGUAGCGGUUGUAGUUGAAAAUAUUUCCAAAUAAUUGUGAGAAGUGUUGUUGAAUUCAUAGUUCGCCGGUUACAAUUUUCCUGCAGAAUAAAUAGAGACCACUCAGAGAACAACAAACCCACACUAAACUUUGGAAAAAUUAGACAUUAUUUGCGAAAAGUUAGAUCACAAUCUAUCUCAUACGUUAAGAAUAGAAAUUGCAAUAUACUACAUAUCUAUACCUGUAUGGGUUCUAAAUAUUGUUGGGGACUAAACACGAUCUACGAGUAUAAAGUUGCCUCGUGAAACGCGGGCAAGGCAUUUUAGACAUUGUAGAAGGCUAACCACGACCACAAAUCUCCCUCCACGGCACAAGUAACAGCUGUCAAAAAGACCAACCCCGAAGAAAAUAGUGUCUCAUUGAAAAUCACACGUCUAAAAAAACACCCGUUAUAAUAAUGAUAUAAGAGAAGUUCAAUACCUCUUCCAAUUGUUGUCAUAUUUACUCACAAUACUGUCUUCUUUACAUAAAAAAAUAAUAUGAUCAUAUUUAUCAGCGCCUCUCAACUGUUUCCAAUCUCACACAGAACCUCUUGAUUGUACUUUUCUUUACUUUAUACAAACUAAGAAAUAGAGAAGUAUAGAUUCAGCUUGUCUCUCAGCGAUUAGUUAUCAUUUCUUCUGUAACUGCUGUGGAUACUUUACGAACAUUUGUGGCACGUAAUUCAACGCUUGUGCUAGAGACCGUGUGGAUUGUUAAAAGUAAAGCCGAUAAAAAGUUCUUCGGUUCGUUAAAAAUUAUAUAAAAUAAUUACCAAAAUUACAAAAUAGUAAAAUAUGAACAAAAAUCAGCCUACGAAUUUGGCAGAGCUAACAAAAGCCGAAAUUGCUAAGUGGCUCAACGGCUUCGAUACGGUGCUCACGGAUUGUGAUGGCGUACUGUGGCAUGAAGGCGUCGCGAUAGAUCGUGUACCCGAAGCUGUAGCAUUACUAAAAUCGCUCGGCAAAGAAGUUUAUUUUGUUACAAAUAAUGGUGUCAAGACGGGUCGUGAAAUUUGGAAGACAGCUACGACGAUCGGUUACGAUAUAGACGAAUCUCGCAUUAUAGCGCCCAUACAGGCAAUUGCUGAGUAUCUACAGGCGCGUAAUUUUCGUAAGAAAGUCUAUAUAGUAGGCUCGGAAGCCAUACGCAACGGCCUAGCUGCGGCAGGUAUUGAAAGUUUCGGACCCGGUCCCGAAGUACUGCAGGGUACACUAAAUGACUAUCUUGCGCAGCAUGUGGCCACACAAGAGACUGAUGAUGUGGGUGCAGUUAUUGUAGGCUUUGAUGAACAUUUUACAUUCGCAAAAAUGUUGAAAGCCUCCAAUUAUAUUUGCUCGAAUUCGGAAUGUCUCUUCUUGACCACCAAUCUCGAUACAGUGCAUCGUUAUCCCGAAUUUCGUAUACCUGGUACUGGUGCGCUUUUGGCCGCCUUGGAAACGUGUGUGGAACGUAAAGCUUUGCAGUUUGGCAAACCGAAUGCGGAGAUUUGUCAGCAAUUGAUCACGUCGGGGAAAGUGCUGCCAGAACGUACGCUCAUGAUCGGAGAUGUUUGCAAGGUCGACGUCCUAUUUGGUCACAACUGCGGUUUCCAGACUUUGCUUGUGGGCACAGGCCAUAAUAGUGUGUAUGAAUUAAACGAGGUGCUGCAGAAUUCCAGCGAAAAUCCAGAAUUUAUACCCGAUUUCUACGUGCCUUCAUUGGGUGAUAUAACAAAGCUUAUUUAAGAAAACCGAGAUGAAUUUAUUAAAAGCAGAAUUAUGUAUAACCUUUUGUUUUGAUCUGCGCCCGCAAGAGAAAGUGGUCUCGAAAUUUUUCAGCGUCUGCUGAGAAGCAUUUUCUAUCAGUAUUUAUAUUUCUCUUUCUUGAUUUUGAAUUAUCCAGCUUAUGAAAAAUAUAUAAUAAAGACUUUAUUAUUGUUGAUAA